GUCAGGACUCGGGGGCAUCGCCGGAACUACUAUUUGCCGCAAAUCCAACCCCUUUCAUCUGUCUGUUGCCUGCGAAAAGGCGAGGGACAGAAUCGUGAAUGUGAAGCGAACGACGACGCCUCGCCGACGAUGCUCGCGUCGGUGGUUCAUCAGCCAUGCUGCUCGCUCUCAUCCGUCUAGUGCGCACGCGAUGGACGUCGGCCGUCCUAUUUCUGUCCAAGCUGUGGGGAAGGCUGCUUCACUUCGGCGCCACAUGGAUCGGAGGCACCAAGCCAGACUCACAGGAGAUCAGCGACCCAAAGACCGGUGAAGCGGCGGUUGCCACGCCUGGACUUGACAGCCAGGGAUUUCCAGUUCUGACAGAGGACCAGUACGAGGAUGCCAUCCUAGCAUUUAUCGCGUCCAUAGAUACGGAGGCGGUCUGCGCCCUGGCCUCACGAUACAAUGACGGCAAACCGUGUCAGUUCUCGAGGAAAAGUUAUGGCAGCUUCAACGUUUGUUUCUUCGUCGAAUUCGGCCACGAUGGGUCCAGCCUUGUGGUCAGGCUGCCCAUUGAACCCGCUUUUGACGACUUUGACGAUGCAUGGGACAAGUUGAUAAGCGAGGUCACUACGAUACAAUAUAUCAAGAGCAAUACCCGAAUCCCUGUACCUCACAUUCGCGGUUAUGGGCGCGACGCCAAACUGACCAAGUCCGGUGCCGGGAUGCAGAUGUUUGUCAUUAUGGAUCUCAUUCCAGGCAAGCCUCUCGACAAGAAGCUCUUGAUUGAGGGCGAAGAGGAGCACUGCAAAACUUUAUACUCCCAACUUAUAGACAUCCAAGUAGAGCUUAGAAAGCUCGAGUUUCCGGCCAUCGGAUCCUUGAUGCCAAAUCCCGACGGCAGCGCCCAGCCGAUUGUGGGCCCUCUCAUCUCGAUGUCGGUUGCUCAACUCCGGCAGCCACCUCUGCCACUGUUUACUACCGCAAAAGACUACAUGAGAUGCCAGUUCAAUCUCGUGUCCGACUUUUUUGUGCCCCCGGUUUCCAAUCACACCACACACGAAGUCCAGAAGGAACUGUUCGCUCUGCACGGGAUGGAGAAGCCUUUCCAACAGGUCAUCGAUCCCCGGCUAGACAAGGGCCCCUUUGUGUUGCAUCACAUGGACCUGCGGGCACCAAAUAUUAUUGUGGAUGAAAAUCUGAAUAUUCAGGGCGUCAUAGACUGGGAGUUCUCAGGCACCACUCCACGACAACUCUUCACGCCACCAUCGUGGAUUACCGGUCAUGACUCGAUAGAAACAGCCAAGCAGAUACAUACCGAUUUCCGCAACGUUUUGGACGAGAAGAGUCACGCUAGCGCGGCCUGCGCCCAACUCAGAGGAGAAUGGUAUGGCUCAACCGAUAUCGGCCAGCUGGGCAUGAGCGUAACAGACAUGGCCUUCUACGUUGCGCAUGUAAUACGCCGUCCUACCGACGUCGCCGGCGUCUUUUGUGAUUCAGUUACUCCAAUGCUCUCAAAUCGGCCUAUAGAUGAGGUGAUCUCUGAGUUUUUCGACGAGCAUGAAGCCCUUGCACUGGAGGUGCAACGUAGGGCGAGACAUUCCGAGCGCUACACGCAGUACUUGAAAGAUCACAAUCUCUACGGGUCUCGCUUGGAAAGGCUGCAAGCCCAUGGCGAGGCGUUGAAGAAGAAGUAUAAUUGGAGUUAAGAACUGCUUCAGUCGAAAUACAAUAAACGCUAGGGGAGUCUGUUAUUUCCCUUCUAACAUCCGCUCCUG